AUGGCGCUGGGGGCAGGAGGAGAAGCCCGGGGAGCGGGAUGCAGCGUGUCCGGCAGGAGGAGAGCCGGUGGGCACCGCAUCCAGGCUGAGCUGCUGGCCAGGGCCCAGCACGGCUACGUGCAGCGUGCGGGGUCAGGCUGGUGCAGGGUUCACACUUCACAGCCAGCGAGGAGGAACUAUCCCGCUUCAUCCUUCCCUGGACCUUCCUGGUUCCUGCAGCUCGGCUAUAUAAGGCUGCUCCUGCCAGCCAGCCCCGCAGAGCGGCCACGGCAGCAGCACCACUGCAGCAAAGGGCUCCAGGUGCUGGGUCAGAAGAUGCUGCGCUUCUGGUGUCUCGUCCUUGCCACAGGCCUCCUGCCCCCCUCCCAGGGCCUCCUCAACCUGGGCAGUGUCCUUGGGCUGAGCCCAGCGCAAUCCAAAGACGGUCUGCUUGGAACCGGUCUUGGCAGCGAAGGUCUCCUCAACCAAAAAAGUGGCUUGCUUGGCACAGGCCUCUUUGGUGAGGAUGGGCUCCUCGGUACCGGCAUCCUUAGCACGGGAAGUCCGAGUGGAAAAGGUAGCGGAGGUUCCAGUGAUGCAGGAAAAGAGUCCAGCAGCUCUGGGAUCCUCGGGACAGGCCUCCUAGGAGGACAACCUGGCAGCAGCGGUCUGCUCGGCACUGGCGUCCUUGGUGGAGACGGGCUCCUUGGCACUGGCGUCCUUGGUGGAGACGGGCUCCUUGGCACUGGCGUCCUUGGUGGAGAAGGCCUUGGCAAUGGUCUCGGCAGUGCCCUCCUUGGCAAUGCGAGCCUUCUUGGACAGAAAGGUUUGCUUGGCACAGAGCUGCUUGGAAAAGGAGGUCUCCUGGGCAAUGGAAGUCUCCUUGGUCUCGAUGGCGUGCUGGGUGCAGGAGGACUGCUGGGCGGUGGAGUCCCUGGCACACCAACACACUUCUCCUGGCUGAAGGUGCUGAACCUCGAGAACGUGCGAGUGUCCUGCAGGGUCGUUCGCGGCAGCGAGUUUGUGCUGAGCCUGUACUCGAAGCUGGUGCUGCGCUUGCCAGGGAUUUUUCAGUUUCUGAGCGGCUCCUCGGUGGAGACAAACAUCACGUCCCACAUGGCGCUGACCCAGGACACCCCCGGGGACCUCAAGCUGGUGUCUAAGGAUUGCAGCAACCUGCUUGUGGGCUUCAAAGUCAACCUGCGGAGGGGGUUUUUCACCAACAUGGUGAGCAAUCUGCUGAACAGCUCCCUCCGGUCCCUCAUACCCGCGCUGCUCUGCCCGCUGGUGAACAUCUGGGUCAGCAUCAUCAACAUUAAGCUUCAAUUCCUCAACCGCGUCGUCUCCUUUGGGCUCCUGGGGAAAAUCCACUCGGCCCUUUCCAGUUUGCCGGUGUCGAGCGGGCACUACAUGGAGCUGGACCUGCAGAACUACCCAUUCCCAAGCGCCUUCAUCGACUGGCUCCUGCGCAUCACAGGCAUCAACCUCGGGGGCACUCCGUAGCCAUGGGGCCAGCAGCGCUGUGGGGUACCCCACGGCCAUUCCCACUGCUCCACCGUGAGGAGGAGGAGGAGGGAGGAAGAUUGCUGGAUACAUGGAGAACAGACAUGAAAAUAGAGAAACCCACCCAAGAAAACUCCCUGCUGCUUCUGCGUUACGUUUCAGACUGAU